UUCGAUGCGGCUGGGCUGUUUGAACUUUGCACCUCGACGACGCCAAUUCCAUCAUCACACAUUCAAACUCCCAACUUUCUAUAACAAUGUCCUUGGCCCACCAACUCUUCAAACACCCCGCCCCCGCCCCCGCCCACCGCCCCGGCCGCCCCACCACCACCAUCGCACCAACCUGGUCUCAAUUCUUCACCAGCUCGCGCGACAUUCCCGUCCCCGCCUCACAGGGCACCUUCCGCGUCUUCGAGGUCCCACCAUCCUCAGCGUCAUCACCGACAUCCUCGAAAGCCCCGCUGUUUGUUCUGCAUCAUGGCGCGGGACAUACAGCGCUGUCGUGGGCUUUGGCGGUUGGGAAGUUGAGGGAACGCGUGGGGAAUGUGGGCGUGGUGGGGUUUGAUUGCCGGGGGCAUGGUGUUACGACAACACAAGAUGACACGGACCUCUCCUUAGACACGCUUGCGGCCGACUUGGUCAACCUGCUUGAUGUCCUGUAUCCGGAUGCGAUUCCGGAGGUCAUACUUGUGGGGCAUAGCAUGGGCGGUGCAGUCGUCACGGAAGCGGCGUUGACGGGCAAAGUGCGGAAUCUGCUGGCGGUCGCUGUGCUUGAUGUCGUUGAAGGCACGGCGGUGGACUCACUGGCACACAUGGAAAUCUAUCUCCGCAACCGGCCAUCCCACUUCCGCUCAAUAGACCAGGCCGUGGAAUGGAGCGUCACAAUAGGCGGCCUGCGCAAUCUAUCAUCGGCACUCAUCUCCGUCCCGCCGCAGCUUGUUGAGGUGCCGGGGGACGGCGAUACUGAGGGAGCGAAGAAAUGGGUGUGGAGGACGGAUUUGGGUCGGUCGCAGAAGCAUUGGCAUGGCUGGUUCCAAGGCCUCUCUGCAAAUUUUUUGUCUAUCAAGGCGGCAAGGAUGUUGAUACUUGCAGGAACGGAUCGGCUGGACACAGCACUGACGAUUGGGCAGAUGCAGGGCAAGUUCCAGCUGGUGCUUUAUCCAGAGUCUGGGCAUGCCAUUCAGGAAGACGAGCCGGAUAAGCUAGCCACGACGCUUGCAGACUUGUGGCAGCGCAACGGGCCGGGAAAGAUCAUCAAGCGAUUCCCGAUCCCGCCGCUGAAGCCCGGGACAAAGUGAUGUUGUCGUCGUAAAAGGUUCUGACUCUGCUAAGACGUAUGUAG